GCCCUCCUUACUUCCUCCCCUUGCUUCCGCUUGUAUACUAUGGCAUACUCGCCGACCCUCCUGGAUGCCGUCGCCGUCUUGGUGGCGGUCAUUCUUUUCAACCGCCUCUUCGCCAAGAAGCGGCAGGGUCCUCUCCCCCCGGGCCCCAAGGGCCUCCCGCUCAUCGGCAACAUGUUGGACAUGCCCGCGAGCCACGAGUGGCGGACGUUCGCCCAGUGGGGCGAGCGCUGGGGCGACAUCGUCUCGGUGACCUUCCUGGGCCAGCCGUACAUCAUCCUUAACUCCGCGAAACAUGCGCUCGAUAUGCUCGAGAAGAAGAGUUCUAUCUAUUCUUCGCGCCCCAUCAUCCCGGUCGGAGGAGAGCUCGUUGGGUGGAACCGCACUCUCGCACUGCUCCCUUAUGGCAACAAGUUCCGCGAGUACCGCCGCCUCAUCUUCCAGUUGAUCGGCAGCAAGAAGAACAUGGAACGCUUCAUUCCGCUCGUCGAGGAGAAGACCCGGGACUUUGUCGUUGAGGUCUACCAGCAACCCACGGAACUCCUUAAGCACGUCCGGAAGUCAGCGGGUGCGAUUAUCCUGACGAUGUCCCACGGCUACGAGGUUCAGGCUGAGAACGAUCCGUUUGUGGCCACUGUGGACGAGGCUAUGGAACAGUUCGCUAUCUGCACGUCUCCGGCCGGUUUCCUCGCCAACAUCUUCCCUGCUCUUGCUCACAUUCCCGCCUGGGUUCCCGGUGCCGGCUUCCGGAAGGUUGCGGCGGCAUGGCGCAGGACCCUCGACGAGAUGUGCGACAAGCCCCACGACUUUGUCAAGCAGCGCAUGGCUAACGGCACGGACAUCCCUAACUUUACGUCGGUUAACCUCGAGGGCGACAUCACCCCCGAGCGUGAGGAGCUUGUCAAGAACGCUGCCUCAUCGCUCUACGCCGGCGGUGCUGACACGACGGUCUCUGCGAUCAACACGUUCUACCUCGCCAUGACCCUCAACCCCGAGGUGCAGAAGAAGGCACAGGCUGAAAUCGAAGCUGUCAUUGGAACGGACCGUCUGCCUACCACCGAGGACCGCGAGAACCUGCCCUACGUGAACGCCGUCCUCCUCGAGGUCCUCCGCUGGAACAACGUCGCCCCCCUUGCCAUUCCCCACCGUGUCAUCGAGGACGACUUCCAUGCCGGCUACUUCAUCCCCAAGGACAGCAUCGUCAUUGCGAACGUCUGGCGCAUGCUGCACGACCCUGAGACCUACGCGGACCCGAUGUCCUUCAACCCCGACCGCUUCCUUGCCGCGCCCGGUAAGGAACCUGAGACCGACCCCCGCGGCAUGGUCUUCGGCUUCGGACGUCGCAUUUGCCCCGGCCUCCAGCUCGCGGACUCGUCCGUCUUUUUGGCGGUCGCGAUGUCGCUCGCGGUAUUCAAGAUCGAGAAGCCGGUCGAGAACGGCGAGGUCGUCGAGCCCUCGACCGAGUACACCGCCGGCACGGUCAGCCACCCGCCCCCGUACAAGUGCGAGAUCAAGCCCCGGUCCGCAAAGGCUGAGGCGCUCCUGCACUCGCUCAUCGAGCACAAGAACAACUAAAAUCGUGUUCUUGUCUCCUUUCCCCCCUCUCUCCAUCCUGAUCUCUCUCCAUAUUCGUUUCUCCAUCUAUCGGGCUUUUCUUGGUUCCCGUUCGGCGCAUACUUUAUAGGGCAUGGCCCUCGCGCCAUGGUCCCCAUGCAUAGAUCACCACCCACUCGCAUCCGCACACGGACAGUCGUUCCUUACCACUCUGCAGCUAGCCACCAUCGCAUCUGGCCUGUUGUGUAUAAAUGAAUGCGAUAAUAGCCCGGCGGAGUCCGGGCACCCACAGUUCGG